AUGUCUGCGUUGGGGUUCCGCUACCGAGACGCAUUCUCAAGUUCAAUCUCACGCAAGGAAGUACCCGAAACCCCGAAGCUACCUACCUGCCCAAUGACAAGGGUUGGGAUUCCAGCACUCAACAAUCCCAUACCUGGCGGGGAAGGCUCAAAUUUCCCUACCGUCAUGGAAGCUUAUUAG